CCCCAUCAUGUGAAAAACAGUGUUGAGCAACCAAAGUCAGAGGAUAGUAAAAAAACUUCAGAUCAAAAUCAUGAAUGUUUCUGAAAAAAAGACAGACUCCUCAUGGAAAACUCAGUGCCUUCCAACUCAGACCAAUAUCAGUCUUUUUUCAUCAAAACAAAGUACAAAGAAUGAUUUUACUGAAAUUACAAAACCUGCAAAGAAAUCACGGCACACUCUGGCACCCUUACAAGGUGACAGUCAGACUGUUUUCAAUCCAUCAACAACAAGCAGAAUUAUGACGAAUCCACAAGUUUCUGGAGCUACUACAAAUAGUAUAUUUGUUUUACCGCAAAAUUCAGGACACCAGACAAUUCAGUGUGAAGACAAAACAUUUGAACUUAGUGAUUUAUACUCCCACUCUGACAAUUUUAUUAACCAGGAAGAUAUAAAGCGCUCCAAAAAAAGAAAUGAAAUGAGAUGUCGCACAUGUUUGGAUAUUGUCCCAAAUCAGUUGGAACAAGCUUCUAUCUCAAUGUUAUGUUUCGAAGGGAUAUCUGUGAAAGAAGGUUUGGUGCAACUUGUGCCUGAAAUGAACUCUACCCUAGCCGAUGAUCAGUUUGUUUGUCCCAUUUGCUUUUUAGUAUUAAGAAAGACUUUGAAGUUUGUGAAGCAGUGUCAGAAAUCCGAAAAAAUUUUAGCAGUAUCAAAUAAUAUUGUUAAGGAUGAUACCCAUAAACUGAAAGAGGAAGUGACCAAUACUGAAUUAGAUCGUUCUGAAUUAAAAACUAAAUUAAAUAAUUUUGAAAAAACAUGCUACAAAGAAGAUUUUCAUUGUGAUGAAUAUGAAUUUGAUGAUGAUAUCAAUUUUGAUGAAGAUGAUGUCAGUGACGAAGAUGGCUCACUAUUUGAGUUCGAUCCUAAAGUGGAAGAGCAGGAUUAUGUUUUGAAUGGUAUUGCUGAUUUAUUAAGAACAGAUGAAGACAAGAAAUCCUCAAACUUUCACAGAAAAUCAGAUCUAUUCAAUGGAGUGAUGAAACACGUGAAUUUUUUACCUUUAGAAUACGCUAAUGUUCGUGAUCAUGAUAGCAUAGUUUCCAUUGCGAAUUUGCAACCUGAUUUCAUUUAUUCGUUACAAAGAAGUAAAGUCAGGCUUAUAGAAAGUUGUUCAAAGUUCGAUGAGAAUAUAUUUGAAAACAAACGCGUGCUUUUGCUUGGAAAUUACACAGAAAUUAAGUGUCUCUUGUGUGAAGAACAUUUCAUUACGGAAGAAAAAAUGCAGGCCCAUCUAGAAGUUGCUCAUGGCCUAUCUAAAGCUUUUCUUAUGGAGGCACAUUGUUAUCAUCACAUACCAGGCUCUACAAAUGUAUGCAAAGCUUGUGGAAAAGACUUUGGAAGUGAAGAAAUUAAAAAAGUUCAUUCAAUAACCUGUUUCCUGUUUCCGUGUCCUUACUGUGAUGAGAUGAUGACUCCACUUGAAUUGUCAAGUCAUACUUCAAAUAAACAUCUUGAUUCUAAUCCCUUCAAAUGUUUGUACUGCAGACAAGAGCAUGACAACUUCAUGAAAUUCACAUCACAUUUGUGUUAUGGUAUUUUGUGUGAAACUUGCGGUAAACAUUUUGUGGCUAAGAAUAGUUUUCUUUUGCACAAAGAAGAGUGUCCUUCUAGAGAAGUUAUCAAAAAGUGCAUCGAGUGUAAAAAGAGGUUCAGUUUGAGUUCUUUCCAAAAUCAUGUCAAAACUCACGAACUCCCAUGUUCAAUUUGCGGAAAAAUGUGUCCUAAUAGAACUGUACUAUGUAGCCAUGAAUAUAAUCAUCAGAAGAAAGGUAGCCUGUGCCCUUUAUGUGGCAAGGUUUUCUCUCAUUUAGCACAGCAUAUGAAUGUUCACAAAGAAAUUAAGAACAAGAAAGUAAAAUGCUCUCUGUGUCCCAAAUCUUUCAUUAGCAAAACCAGACUCGAAAGACAUGAACAGUCAUAUCAUAUGACCACAAGAAUUGUUUGUGAAAGAUGUCACAAAAUUUUCACUGAAUACACUAUUGAAAGUCAUUAUGAAUGCCUAAAACUGCUCAAGAAUGGGAAACAAUUACUAAUGGUUUCAGUGUUCUUUGGAAUUUUCCAAAAUUUGUAGGCGUCAUGGAUGGCAAGCAUAUUGCAAUACCAAAAGCACCAAAAAACAGUGGAAGUGAUUUCUUCAAAUACAAAUCGUUUUUUAGCAUCGUUAUGUUCGGCGUAAUGGAUGCUAAUUACCGAUUUUUGUAUUUUCAUGUAGGCUCCCAAGGGAGAAUAUCUGAUGGAGGAGUUUUCGAAAAUACAUUAUUCAAAAAACUAUUAACUCGCUGCAAACUCAACCUUCCAGAAUAUAGCUCUUUACCAGGACGUGAGAAAUUAGUCCGUCACGUAUUUUUAGGGGAUGAUGCCUUCCCAUUAUCACGAAAUUUACUGAAACCCUACCCUGGGGCUCAGGACAUAGGGUCUCCCAAAAGGAUAUUUAAUUACCUUCUCAGUAGAGCGAGAAGAAUAUCAGAAAAUGUUUUUGGAAUGUUAUCUUCGAUUUUUAGAAUAUUUAGAAAACCAUUAAUUUUAGAACCAGAAACUGUAGAAGCUGUUGUUAUGGCCUGCAUUUACUUGCAUAAUUUUUUACGGAAUAGUUCAGGAUCUAAAAAUUCCUACUUUCCCUAGGUACAUAUGACGGUGAAGAUAAAGAUACAGGACGUGGUUUAGAAGGAUCGUUGAGAAGAGAAACUCAGAGUAAUACGUUUAUUCCAUACAAAAAAGUUACACGAAAUGCAGCAACUGAAGCAAAAU